CGACACCACCCUGCCCGCACAGCACCCGGACGAUUGCAAUCGCCUGCUGCCGCCAUGUCCAACGGCGUGCGCAAUCUGCGCGCCAUGUUUGAAAACUCCAACUCUGCCUCGCCCGAGCCCCGCGGUCGCUCCCCCGUAGACCAUUCGGCCCCAGCAGACAGCGAGGAGCGUCCGCGAUCAAAGGUACGCGCCUCGUUUGUCGCCGUCGAGCCCUCGAGCGCCUACAUCCCGCCCGAAGUGGCCCUGGCCCUGGCCGCCGCCCAACAGCCCAACAGCACCGUUGCCCACCGCCGCGAGAGCUUCAGCCUGAGCGAGGACCAGGCCGACGAGGUGGCCGAACUCAAAAAGGUCGUCAGCGAUGAGAAGGAGGAGCGCAGCAAGAGCCUGGCCAUUCCUGAGGCCGUGCCCGAACAGGCGGUGGCGUCGAGGGAAUCCUCGCUGUCGGCUCCUCUCGACCGACAGCGACAAGAGAAGCAACAAGAAGCCACCGAAGCCCCAAAGCCCGAUUCUUCCGCCAAACAUUCCGAGCCCUCAGACGCUGCACACGAGACAGCAGCAGCACCCGCAGUUCCCGAAGAGCCCAAAACCGACGACACCGCCGUCGACGACGCAGAGCCAUCCCCAAUGCCAUCAUUAGAAUCGGCUCCCGCCCAGCCUGCCCAAAACCCGGACAAAGCUACUACGGGUGCCCAGGAGGAUCUCACACUGAGGCCAGCUGCCCCUACAGAGGAAGCUGCUGUCAAGGAGGACAUCCCUGCUGCUGAGGAGGCCGCCAUCGAAGAAGCUGCUGUCGCAGACGAGGCUGCUGUCGCGGAAGCUGCAAUUGCAGACGAGACUCCUGUUGCUGCCGAGUCUGCUUCUGCACCCUCAGCCGACAAGGCGGUUGUUGAAGCCCAAGGCGAGGCUGCACCGGACGCAACUCCGGCACCAGAGGCCCCGAAAGCCGCUGACAGCAAGCUCAAGACAAACGGAGCUUCUACAGCGAAGAAGCCUGAGACCAAGAAGCCUUCGACAAUUUCUACUGCCAAAGCUUCAAAGGCACCCUCCACAGCCGUGAAGAGCCCUCUCCCAAAGACCGGACCCAAGACACCUCCGAAACCCAAGGCGGCCACACCAGCUGUGAAGCCCAGCCCAGCCCCCAAGGUGUCGAAGCCAGCCCCUCUCAAGGAGCCCGUCAAAGCGCCAGCUGUAAAGGCUCCCACUCCCGCUCCCAAAGCUCCGGUUGCAAAGAAGACCAGUCGCACGUCUCUACGCCCUGCUUCCUCCGCUGCCGCCCCUACAGCUAGCGCAGCAUCAAAGGCCAAAUCUCCCACACCACCCACAGAGAGCAAGAAGCCCGCUGCACCGAAGCCCGCCGCACCCGCUUCUCGCAAAAGCACCUCGCCAACCGGCUUCAAGAAGCCAGCUCCCAAGUCUCCCACACGCCCCGUUGGUCUGCCCUCUCGCCUGACCGCGCCGACUGCGGCCUCGGCUGCUAAGCAUGGCGAAGAAUCAAAGCCGACCGCACGGAAACCUUCCACUACCACACGCGCUCCACCGUCCAAACCCGCCGCUCCCAAGGCCGCGCGACCUUCAGUUGCCCCUAGUGCGCCAAAGCGACCAGAAUCUCGUGCUUCGAAUGUCGGUUCCGCACCCAAAGGCGGUUUCCUCGAGCGUAUGAUGCGCCCAACAGCGGCAAGCUCCAGCAAGACCCACGACAAGCCAGCCCCUGUACCGCACAAAGCCCCCGCCGCAGCCAAACCGAACACUCUACAAAAGGGCAAGAAGAAGGUUGAGGACGUUGCGGCAAAGGCCAAGGCGGCCGUGACCAACGGACACGACGAUGAAGAGCACAAGGCCGAGGAAGAGGCUCCAAAGGAGUCUGAACAUGCGGAGCAAGCGACGGAAGAAGCUGCCGCUGAAGAAGCGCCUCACGAGCCAGUUGAGGCUGCUGCUCCAGCCCCAGAGGCGGAUUCUUCAACCGCAGAGCAGCAGACACCAAAUCCUGAAGGCGAAACAAUACAGUCAUAAGGUACAUGUGACAGCAGGAUCUUGCGCUCCUGCAACUCUACCUACCCCUUCGCCAAGCCACCAGACUGUUGGUAAUGUUCUUGGGCCACAGUUUUGUAAUUGUUUGUUUUAUUAUCUUCCCUUCUCCAACAGCAUUUUCUGGAGCGAUUGUUUGGCGUAAAUCAUCGUCUUGGGAGGUGGAUACCUUGGGACAUGGGAGGGAGGGAAAGAUGGAUUUGGAUACAGAUCAUUGCGUAUAUAGUUGUCCGUUGAGCUAUAAGUACGUCUCGCAUGCGCUACCAGACGGUCUUGUAUAUCGUAAUCCAUUCUUC